GCAUGAAGUGCCCACGUGACUAUUUCCGGAAGCGACCUCUACAUGACCCGCCUCCAAGUCUGCCAUAUCCCAGGUUCAGCUAACGUUGGUUGUUGGCGAUUGUCACUAAUAUGAUGAAUAAGUUUACUGUAAUUUUUUUAGUCGUUAAUGUAAUGACGCACAACAACUGAGAGCAAAGAAUAUAUAAACGUCUGCAGACAGCUAAACCUGACAGCACACCAUAUCCUAGUAUAUACCUAGCCAAGACGAGGUAAAUAUGAAUGUGAUAAUAUCAGGCACGCUGCGCAAAUUUGGUUCUGCAACCUUGGUUCAACUUUGGAUAUUACCGGUUAUUACCGCCCCAAAGGUCCAGCUCUGCACAUUACCCACUGAGCCUGUAGUCGCUGCCAAAAAGCCUUUCAAGGUGGAGCUUGUCGAGGGAAAGCGGUAUUCAUGGUGUUCUUGUGGACACAGUCUCAAACAACCUUUCUGUGAUGGAUCCCACAAGACUAAAACCAAGGGCCUGAUGCCUCUGCGCUUUGUCCCAGAGAAGGACUCCAAAGCCUGGCUGUGUGGGUGCAAGUACACUGCUAACCCACCAUAUUGUGACGGCACACACAAGCAAGAAUUCAUCCAGUCUGCCCUGCUCCUAGAGAACAAAGACUAACUGGACAGGGUUAUAUACUUAAGAAUGUUGACAAUGUGUUUGUCCACAGUGGCUUGGGAAUGUUGGAUACUGGUUCUGGAGGACUGGAACCAUUGGUUCUGAAGGUAACUCAGCACUUGGGCAAUUUAUGGCGAUGUGACAAUACAUUGAUCUGAUACUGUCACUUGCUUACAGGUCUUGUUAGUCUAUAAUGGCCUAAUUUAUUGUCUUUCUACUAACUUUGACCAAAUCUUGAAUUGUAAUCCAUAUAAGAUUUGUUUGAAAUAAGGUGUCAUCACAUGGUAAGCUAUCUGUGAUGUGAUAUGUGUUAUGGGGCCCUAGGGCACUAAGAGAAUACAGCUGAGACUAUUUUUCACUGCAAAAUGUAUGUUAAACAGGGCCCAUGAAUGGCUCGGUGAGAAAGCCAGGGCCGUGCAGUUAGCUGCAUUACUGCAACAUCAAGGUUUGAAUCGUGCUUCUGAAUUUGCCCAUAGAGGUAGUGUAGUUGGCCUACACAAUCUGUGUUUAGGAAGUUCAUAAUCAAUUUGGUUUGCUUUGCAACAUGAGGCUCUAGCUGUUCCUUGUCGUGGCUUGGGAGCUUGUGAGCUCAAUUAGUGAUAGAAGGCUGGAGAGUGUGUUCCUUCCAAAACACAAGGAUUUGGGUAUAGGGCUUUAUUUCCAGAAUUGCAUUGGAUGUGCUUCGGGAAGACACAUCGCAACAUAAACUGUCUCUAGCCACUGCCAGUUGCUGUGAAUUUUAAUAUCACAAAAUUCAGGAGAAAAAAAACUGGUUAAAUGUUUGUCAAACCAAUACCAAUUGAUGUGAACUUGAACCAUACUAUGAAUAUUUUUAACAACGUCUACUGAAAACCAGACAAAAAUAAUAUCCUUGAAGAAAUAUGCAGAUGCUAUGUUUGUGAACAGAAUUAGCACAAAAUCAGCACUCAAUAUUUAAUAAAAUAAUUUUCAGUGGAAA